UGAGGGCGUUUUUACACCGCCACACACAUGUUAUUGAAUUAACUGGAACAAAAAAAAUCUAAUUGAUAAAAUUUCAGAGAUUAUUAGAAAAUUUCUGUGCAAAAAUUUUCAAUAAAAACUUAUUUAUUUAUAAAUAAUUAAUCUUAAAGUCGUUGCCACAAUAAUAAAUUAAUAAAAUGUCGGGCAUUUCAAAUCUAUCGGCCAAUGAAAAAGGCGAAUUAAUGGAUCAAGUUAAACAACAAAUUGCCGUAGCAAAUGCACAGGAACUCUUGACGAAAAUGACUGAGAAAUGUUUUAACAAGUGCAUUAACAAACCCGGCGUAUCAUUGGAUUCUUCGGAACAGAAAUGCAUUUCCAUGUGUAUGGAUCGGUUUAUGGAUUCUUGGAAUUUAGUCUCACGUACUUAUGGCAAUCGUUUGCAACGUGAACAAAAUAAAAUCUAGAACUAAAAUAAAAUUAAAAAAAAAAAACUACUUAAAAAUCCCUAAAUAACCUAAAUAGAUCAUUAUUUUGUUGAUUGUUUUUUAAGAAUAUUUUACCUUUAUAUAUACAAUACAAAAAAGAAACAAUUGUUUUGUUGUUUUUAAAACAAAUCCGGAAAGUUUUUACCACUAGCUAUUUCUGAUUAAAAACCAAUGACUUUUUCUUAAGACAUUUCACAAAUAAAAGUUUAUCAAAAUAAAUAGAAAAUAAAU